AGAAAUAAUAAAAACAUAUUACGUAAGAGGGGAAGUGAUUUAAAAAAGAAAAUAUCGUAUUUAUUUUGAUGUUGGUAGGCCCGAUCGUUUUUGACGUGUUAUUCUGACAGUAUAUUAUUUUCUCAAGAAAUUUCCGGAAUAAUUUGAUAAUCUUAAUUCAGCAUAAAAAUGGUUGAUUAUAGUAAGUGGAAGAAUAUUGAGAUUUCUGAUGAUGAAGAUGAUACUCAUCCUAACAUUGAUACACCCUCAUUAUUUAGAUGGAGACAUCAGGCAAGAGUUGAAAGAAUGGAGAAUUAUGAACAAGAGGUGGAAUCUUAUGCAAAACAUAGAUCAGAACAUGAAAACAAAUUGAAAGAGGUGAAGCAAAAAAUUGAAAAUUCUGCACCAAAUCUUGAUGCACUUAAGAAAAGUUUAGAGGAAUUAGAAAAAGAACAUGUAAACAUCAUAAAGAAAGGUGAUGAAUUGAAGAAGAAGGAAAAAGUAAUGCCAUGGAAUGUAGAUACAAUUAGUAAACCUGGAUUUGCAAAAACUGUAAUUAAUACAAAACCAUCAAAAUCCAAACAAGAAACUUUAACUGAAGAGGAGCGUGAAGCUCGCAUGGAGAAAUUUAUUAAAGAGAAUGAAAAAGAUUUAAAACAUUAUGGCAUGUUGAGGCGUUUUGAAGAUUCUAAGGCUUUUUUAAAAGCACAUAGCCAUUUGGUGUGUGAGGAUACUGCAAAUUAUUUAGUAAUUUGGUGUAUAAAUUUGGAAAUGGAGAAGAAAUGUGAUUUAAUGGCCCAUGUUGCUCACCAAACAAUUUGUAUGCAAUGUAUUUUGGAACUGGCUAAACAUUUAGAUUAUGAUCCAAGGGCAUGCUUGGAAUCAUUUUUCAUGAGGAUUCAGAUGGCUGAUCCAGAAUAUAAAGCUUCAUUUGAUGAAGAACUGAAACUUUUCAAGCAGAGGAUUACUAAGAGAGCUCAUGAAAAGAUGGAAGAAGCUAUUAAAGAAGCUGAAGAAGAAGAGAGGCAGCAGAGAUUGGGACCUGGUGGUUUAGAUCCUAUAGAAGUAUUUGAGUCUUUGCCUGAUGAAUUAAAAAAAUGCUUUGAAUCACAGGAAAUAGGUUUAUUGCAAGAGACCAUUGCAAACAUGCCAGAAGAAGAUGCUAAAUACCACAUGAAGAGAUGUGUUGAUUCUGGUUUAUGGAUUCCCAAUGCCAAUAAGGAUAAGGAUGAUACUGCAGAAGGAGAAGAAGAUGCAAACAACGAAUAAGCCUUCAUCAUUUGCUAAUUUUUUCAUUUUUUUUCAGACACUGCAACAUUUUUAUUCAAUAUAAAAACACAUACUGUA